AUAUAAAACAAAAAGUGAAGUUCCAGCGUGUGUAGUCGGUGGUCAGGAAAAAUCAAUAAUCCCGAAAUUGUCCCUAAAAAUGGGGAAAACUAGCAAAGAUAAACGGGACAUUUACUACCGGCUGGCCAAGGAAGAAGGAUGGCGUGCCAGGAGCGCCUUCAAGCUGAUCCACAUCGACGAAGUGUUUAAUAUUUUUGAAGGUGUGACCCGGGCCGUCGAUCUGUGCGCUGCCCCGGGCAGCUGGAGCCAGGUUCUAUCAAAGAAGCUUUACGAGAACCGCGACAAGGAGGCGGAUGAUGUCAAAAUCAUUGCCGUCGAUCUGCAAGCCAUGGCACCGCUGCCGGGAGUUACCCAGCUGCAGGGUGACAUUACUAAACUGAGCACAGCCAAUGCAAUUAUCGAACAGUUUGGAAACGGGCAGAAAGCACAGCUGGUUAUCUGCGAUGGGGCUCCCGAUGUGACCGGGCUGCACGACAUCGACGAGUACAUUCAAUCGCAGCUGCUGCUGGCGGCCCUCAACAUCACAACGCACGUUCUGACGGAAGGUGGCACAUUUAUAGCGAAAAUCUUCCGCGGGAAGGACACAACCCUGCUGUACUCGCAGCUGCGGAUCUUCUUCGAGAAGGUGUCCAUAGCUAAACCGGCUAGUUCGCGAAAUUCCAGUAUCGAAGCAUUUGUGGUGUGCCAGAGCUACAAACCACCGGAGGGCUACAUUCCGCAGAUGAUCAACCCGAUGUUGGACGACGUGCAAAAGAUUGCUAGCGAGACGGAAUCCGAGGUGAAUCGGUCUAUUAUUCCGUUCAUUGUUUGCGGGGAUCUGCGAGGAUAUGAUUCGGAUAUGUCCUACAGUUUGAAUCUGGACCCGGAGAAAGACUAUGAGUAUCGAGAUGUCGUUCAGAAGCCGUUGGCCCCGGCGUACAGUGAGGUGCUAGAGCGAAUGAAGACCACGUCGCUGAAGCACGGUAGUAUUAAGGUAGAGUAUGACAAAAAGAAAGAUUAAUCACUUAGUAAAUAAUAACGAUAAAUGGACAUGCUUUUGAAGCAAAUUUUAAA